UUAACUCAAUCCACAAUAAAUAUAAUACCUUACAACAAAUUUCCAAAAUGAAAAGCAAUGACACUGACAAUGACAAGCAAAGCAGUGGCACAACACUCCAGCGCAUUGACAACUUGCCCGUCUAUGUGGGAUACGUGAUCAAUGUGGCUGCCAUUGUGCUCUCCCAUCCCAUAGACAUAAUCCGAGUGAACGUCCAAGCGAAUGUGCUACACUUUGUAUCGAUGUCGGAUGUCAUCCGUCUGAUGUUCAAGCAGAAAAGGAUCGCUGGCUUCUACUACGGCAUUGGUGGUGCCCUGCUGCGGUGUACGGUGCAGACCGGGACAACUUACGCAUUGUACCACUGGCUGAAGGACAACCCGUACUUGCACAUGCUGGAGCCAUUCGACACCUCGACAGUGGCGGGCAUAAGCGGACUUGGCGGCGGCUUGCUCUCAACGCCUUUUGCCAAAGUGGCGAUUGUCCGACAGGCCGAUCUAACCCGCCGUCCCUACCAACAACGCAACUAUGGAAACCCCUGGCGGGCUCUCAAGUGCAUGUACGGAAGGGGCGGCACAGCCUUCCUCUUCACUGGCUACGAGCUGCACGGUUUCAGCACCGGAGCGAUGGCAAUGCUCCACGCACCUAUCCACGAAUGGGUUGAGGAUAUGCUUCUGAAGCUCCACCGAAUACGCGAUGAGGAUUGGGUCAUCGAUCUGAUGGCAAUGACGAUAACGGUCAGCAUUAUUUCAUUGAUUCUGACGCCGGUAGAUGCGGUGACAACGGUGGUCAUGAAUGCUUGCUACAAGAAGUUCCCCUCGAAGAAGCAUCUCUGCCUCAAAAUUAUUGAGAUUCACGGCUACAGGGGAUUCUUUCUGGGUCUGCGGCCAGCUCUGAUUGCGAUCCUGCCACACGCAUUCAUAGCCACACUCACUUAUCCGCUAAUCGCUGAAUAUUUCAUCAGUUAAAUUGUUCGUUUUUAUUUGGA